AUUUUCACAAUGACGGCGAUCAACACGUUCGUGGCGAUGUGGCGGUUCCUGCUGACCCUCGGCCCCUCGGCCAUGGUCAUCCUGCUGCUGAACAAGGGGAUCCUCGACCAGAGGCCGGAUAUUGUGGACGAACCGCAUCGCGUGCGCUCCAUACAAAUCGAGAAUCUUCGCAGUUCCUACGAUUUCAUUGUGAUUGGCGGUGGUUCGGCGGGUUGUGUGCUGGCCGCCCGCCUUUCGGAGAAUCCCGAGUGGAGUGUCCUGCUCCUGGAGGCUGGCGGGGAUGAGCCACUGCUCAUCGAUUUGCCACAAUUGUAUCCCGUGUUCCAGCGAAGCCCCUGGGACUGGAAGUACUCGACGGAGCCCUCGGAUCGCUACUGCCUGGCCAUGGAGGAUCAGAGGUGUUUCUGGCCCAGGGGCAAGGUCCUCGGGGGCUGCAGCUCCAUCAAUGCGAUGAUGUAUAUCCGGGGCAAUCGGCGGGACUACGAUCACUGGUCGGAACUGGGCAAUCCCGGCUGGGACUAUGCCAAUGUGCUGCACUACUUCCGCAAGGCGGAGGACAUGCGGGUUCCGGGAUUCGAACAGAAUCCCUACCACGGACACGGCGGUCCCAUUUCCGUGGAGAGAUACAGAUUUCCCUCUCCCCUGCUGGACAUCUUCAUGCGGGCUGCCCACCAGCUGGGCAUGGUGAACCAGGAGGGGGACUUCAAUGGUCGUUCCCAGACGGGAUUUGCCCCGCCCCAUGGAACACUGAGGGAUGGCCUGCGUUGCAGUGCCAACAAGGGCUACCUGCGACGCAGUUGGCAGCGUCCCAACUUGGAUAUUGUCCUGAAGGCCUUUGUGGAGCGCAUCCUCAUCGAUCCGCAGUCCCAUCGAGCAGUCGGCGUGAGCUUCGAGUACGGGCUCCUCAAGCAUUCGGUGGCUGCCUCAAAGGAGGUAAUCUUAUCCGCCGGCGCCUUGGCCAGUCCCCAGCUGCUGAUGGUCAGCGGUGUGGGUCCCAGGGAGCAGCUGGAACCGCUGGGCAUCCCGGUGCUGCAGCACCUGGCCGGCGUGGGCGGGAAUCUGCAGGAUCACAUCUCCACCUCGGGCGCCAUCUACACCUUCGACGGUGGCCAGCAGCGGCACUUGUCCUUCAUCGUGCCCGAAAUGAUGAACGAGCAGGCGGUGGAGGACUUCCUGGAGCGGCGCGACAGCUUCUUCUACGCCAUGCCCGUCAGCGAGGUGAUGGGCUUCUACAGCACUCGCUACCAGGAUCCCCGCCUGGACUGGCCCGACGUCCAGCUCUUCAUGGGCAGCUAUGGCUAUGGGGCCGAUGGUGGGAUGGUGGGUCGCCGGGGAGCCGCCAUCACGCUGGAGAAUUACGCCGAGACCUUUGAGCCGGUGCUCUAUCAGGAUUCCUUUGUCAUAGCCCCACUGCUGAUGCGUCCACGCUCGCGGGGAUUCCUUCAGUUGCGCUCCGCCGACCCGAAAGUGCAUCCCCUGAUCCAUGCCAACUACUACGACGAUCCGCACGACAUGGCCGUGAUGGUGGAGGGUCUGAAGCUGGCCCAUCGCCUCAGCCAAACGCCGGUGAUGCAGUCCCUGAAUGCCACCAUGAACAUCUACGAGUGGCGCAACUGCCCCGAGGUGGAGUACUUGAGCGACGCCUUCUGGGAGUGCCUGGCCAGGUUCUACUCGCAGACGAUCUACCAUCCGGUGGGCACCUGCAAAAUGGCCCCCGUCUCGGAUCCCACCGGCGUCGUGGAUCCCCGUCUGCGGGUCCGGGGAAUGCGGGGACUGCGGGUCAUCGAUGCGAGCAUUAUGCCCACCAUUCCCACGGGCAACACCAAUGCUCCGACCUUGAUGCUCGCCGAGAGGGGAGCGGAUAUCAUCAAGGAGGAUUGGCGGCACUACCGAGACGGCGGUUGGAGUUAGGCACUACUAUACCAUUUUUACAUUUAUUAAAAAAAAAAUAAUAAUAAAUUGUAAACUGAGAAAAAUAA